AUGUGGUCAUGUUUGACAUAUUUGACAUUCCACAAACUUGCGAAAUCGUGCGUGUUUGCGUUUUGAUUAUUGUUAUUUUUCUAUAAAUGAAUUAAAAAUGACGAAGAAACGAAAGUUUAACCCAAAGGCUACUGAGCCGCAAAAACACGCACCAGUAGAAGUCAUCGUAGAAGAUGUUACUAACCACCCAAUGUGUCUUCACGGUCCUACACUAUUGUUUUCGUCGGAGAAGGGCCGAUACUUCGCGUGCGCCUCAUGCAGGGAUAAAAAAGAGUGUACGGUACACAUCGAGGAAGACGAGUGGAAGAAGGAAGGCGUCCGAAAACGUAAUGAGAAAUAUUACAACUUGAUUCCUAAGAUUGAUAAAGCGGCGGCUUGGAGUAACUUGAAUGAGGUAAAGUCCCGUCACCCGUCAGACAGAGCGUACUGCGAUACGUGUAAAGAGCUGUAUCUACUGUCGCAGAGUAAGAAGCACUCAAACCAUCGAGUUAUCACGCCGUUGACGGACGAACAGUUACAGCACCCCUCGAGUUGGCUGCCGGCUCUUGAGAAUGAUACGGUGGAGGCACAGUAUAUAUUUACGAAGAAGUCUGUCAGCUGCGUGCUGGGGAUAUUGAGGAAUAAUAAUAUUAAAAACAUCCUCUGUAUCGGCACUCCAUCCAUCCACGAGGCUGCCCAAGCCCACCCAGACUUUAACUCUCUUUUGCUCGACUAUGACACUCGGCAGAGACUCUUCCACGCUCCCAACAAGUACCUCUGGUACAAUAUGUUCAAUAACUAUCUCUUAAACGGGAAUGAAGACGAGAAAGUGCUUAAGAAAUUCUUCAAGAGUUCUAAAGACGGAGGUCUAUGCAUAGUAAUGGACCCGCCAUUCGGAGGUCGCGUCGAGCCGCUCACGCACACACUGAAAGAGCUAUCAGCCACAUUCAAUAAAUUAUCUGAUAAAGAGUCCACCGUGCCCGUCAUUUGGGCCUUCCCGUAUUUCUCGGAGCCGUAUAUAAGGAACAUUAUGCCUGAGAUGAAAAUGCAUGAUUUUCAGGUCGAAUACGAAAAUCACAAGAAAUUCAAAAACAAAGGCAAGAAGCUUGGCUCACCCGUCCGUUUCUUCACCAACCUACCACUCGCUACCAUAGACAUGUCCAACGAUUCCAAUUAUAAACUCUGCAGCAAAUGCAAGUACUGGGUACUGGCCAGCAACAACCAUUGCAAUAAGUGCGGGGAAUGUACCAGCAAGAAUGGCAUGAGGUACAAGCACUGCAAUAAAUGCGAGAGGUGUGUGAAGCCUACGUAUUCCCACUGCGAGACUUGCGGGCGCUGCUGCCUUGAAAAACACGUGUGUGGCCUCGUCGUAGAGUCACAGUCAUGUUACAACUGCCAGGAGAAGGGCCACAAGCAAUCUACGUGUCCUCUGCUCCAAGAUGGACCCCAAAAGAAGAAGAAGAAAAGGAAACACGCUUGAAGGCAUUUCAGCACUUUCAGCAGGCAAUACCUGUAAGGCAUAAGUACUACUGAGUAUUUUGCUUUUACGUGUGGACUGUAAGAAUAUAUAGUUACUAAAUAAAUAAUCAAAACAUA